CUCCAGGCGAAUCAGAUUUGAGGUUUCUGGCCCAAUUAAGUCGGGGGCCAUGAUGCGGACAGAACACUUUCCACUCCGUAGGAGGUGGAGAUUAAUUAUCCCGUGGUCGGAGGAUCUCUGAGUCCGAUCAGAUGUGACAAAGCUGAGAUGGAGAAAAGCUCAUGAAAAUAGAGAAUUUGAGACCGAGUCCUGACAUGUAUAAAGAGAUGGACAUUCCCUACGGAGGAGAGAUAGCAAGAUGGUUACACUCGGUCACAAGCUUAAACACCACGACCACCUCCUUCAAUCAUGAUGUCCAAGUACGCCAAAAGCCAGUCCGUCGGCUUUAAAAACACCAUUGAGAGAGUCGCCAUCGUUGGGGCCGGAGGCACCAUUGGAACGCACAUUACCAACGCCCUUCUCAAGACUGGAAGACACAAAGUCACAGCGCUUUCCCGCAAAGACAGCGGUAACAAACUCCCCGACGGCGUCGUUAUCGCGCCAGUCGACUAUGACGACGAGGCCACCAUUGUCGCCGCCCUCAAGGGCCAGCAGUUUUUUAUCAUAACCAUGGCCCCUACCGCGCCCCGGGAUACUCACAGCAAGCUCGUCCAGGCGGCCGCCAAGGCUGGCAUUCCCUACGUCAUGCCUAACGCGUACGGCGGCGACAUUGACAACAUUAAGCUCGGCCAAGACACGAUGCUGGGGCCUGUGGGCAAGGCCCAGAGAGACGAGAUUGAAAGGCUUGGCAUGCAGUGGAUCACAGUGUGCUGUGGGUUCUGGUACGAUUACAGCUUGGCGGGCGGGGAAGCACGCUUUGGGUUCGACUUUGACAAGCGUUCCCUGACGCUCUAUGAUGACGGCAACACCAAGAACUCGACGUCGACCUUAUCGCAAGUUGGACGCGCCGUGGCCAAGGUGCUGAGCCUCAAGGAGCUUCCCGAGGACGAAAACGACAAGAGUCUUACUCUGUCGACGUUCCUCAACAAGGGCGUGUACAUUAAGAGCUUCGUGGUCAGCCAAAAUGACAUGUUUGAGAGCGUCAAGCGUGUCACCGGUACCACUGACGCCGAUUGGACGAUUACCCACGAGGACACCAAGAAGCGAUACGAGGAGGGCCUGGCGCAAGUUAAAGUAGGCAACAUGGCUGGGUUUGGCAAGAUGCUCUACGCAAGGGCAUUUUACCCAGAUGAUUCGAAAGACCUCUCGGCAAAGGCCCAGAAUGAGCUGCUGGGAUUGUCGGAUGAAAGCCUGGACGAGGCUACCAAGGUUGGCAUAAAUAUGGUCAAGGAGCUGCAGCGCCGUGUCGAGCGCAUGGCGUCUUAGAAAACAGCAUCUACAUACAUGUACGAAAUUUGGACGAAUUAAUAGAUACAUUGGAUAAUAAUAGGGUGUCCGUUGGGGCCGGUGGACACUGGUGGUCUUUGGUCUUUUAUGUAGCGUACCCGGACCAGGUGUGGGAAUUUUGAAAGUAGGACCAGACCACCUUGGGUCGGUCUUUUGAACACACCUCCACCAGUCUGUGAUCACCACCAGCAUUACCAAUAUAGGAAAUACAUCAACAAUCAGUCAGC